AUGGGCAAAAUUAUGGAUUGCCAGGAGUCGGAACCUGGUGUCACUGCCCAUGAUCAACACACUCAGCUACCUUCAGCGCUUCAGGAACUCAUUGCCUCAGACUUGGAAAUUAUUCCUGGAAAUGUGCUAAACAGGGUAACCAGGGGUCCGCUAAGGGACUUCAUACUGAAAGCGGAUCACCCUUUAUUGAUCAUUCCCCCCUGGAAAUGUCUCUUCAGAACAUUCUCCAGCACCAACUUACCAUCGUCUCAUAUGGUGGCUAGCUGUAAUGCAGUCAGUGCAUUUCUUGACGCAACAACGCUCUCUGCCAAUAAACUCAUCCGCGAGUUUGCUCUCUCUGGUUCCCAGCCUCCAUGGAUCGCCGCCUUUGAAGUUCUUCUUGACCGUUAUGAACGCAAGCCGAAACCAAUGAGACAGGUCCUAACCUCGUUGAUUAGAAUCAUUUUGAGGCAUCGUGGUGAGGAUUCAGUCGUCCACUUAAUUCGUUCAAGAAUAGUCCAGUUGAUAUUACCCAACAUUGUAUCAUGUGAACCCAGGUCAAGGCUCAAGGCAUGUUUGGUUUCCUUAGAGUGGCUUAUCCGAAAAGAAGCACUUCCUGUGCUUGAUUUGAUCCAGAAGAUGAAUACAUGGAUGCUAGAUAACCCCAUGGCUUGGAUAUCGCGACUGGAAGGGCAUUGCAUCAAACUAGGAGUUCCUAUGAGCUGUUUUAUUGAUGUAGAAGCCAGAAAGAGUAUUGGAGAAAACGAACUGCUCUUAUACGGCACUCAAAUUUUUACCAUUUCUCUUCUCCUUAAUUCUAAUAACAGGGACUUGGCCCUUCCAGCUGGGACUUUAUUUACUUUGUUGUGCCAUACAUUGGACAUCGCUUCUGGGGAUAACAGUUUCUUGUACAUUAGUCCGAGGACCUCAUGCCCUUUUUGGCAAGCCCCGCUCAGAUACAUCGCCUUGCAGAAUAGAGGUGAUUUAGACGCCGUAUCGGAUCAUUUCCUAUAUCCUUUGUUUAAAGUUAUGCCAUCUGGAUUUCAAUCAUUCAUUCGCACUCUACCAUUCUACGACCUGCAACCCGGCUCCAGUGAGGCCUCACCGGAUGAACUUAUUGUACUCUUUGCUGCGCUCCAAAUAGGCAAAGAGCUCGGACUUGUACAAGAAGACAGAUUUGAGAUACAUUUAACUGCAUGCGAACCAUAUAUCAUGGAUAGCAGUCGAAUUGGCGACUUUUUAAUACACCCUGAACCUGCGAUACGCCUCUCGGCUCUAUCUCUGUUGAUAACAGCACCUUCUACUAGGAAACCAUUCUCCUCAGUCACGCUCAAAGUAUUGACGAAAAAUUUCCCUUAUAUACACACAGACAGCGACCCACAAUAUAGGGGAGAAGUGUAUAGCUUAAUUCGGAAACUUAUCAUUAGAUUAUGCGGCGGCCUAUCUGGUAGCCGCAAAACGACUGGCUCUGAGGAUGGUCCGCAUGCUGUCAACGAUCGUACCACGGAAGAAGAUCCACUGAGAACGAAGCACGCUAAUGCGGCUAUAUCUCAUGUGCAAUUUUUGCAGUGGUAUGUGGAUUUUCUCGAGCUAGAACUCCAACCAACAAUGUCAUACCAAAGACAUAUAUCGGCUCUCAAAACGUUGGCAUUGAUUCUGCAAUCGGGUCUGGAUAAGAGGAUUGAUUCUGUUUACCUUUCACGACUCGGCCAGGAUCAGACUUUGUGGAACUGCAAUAUCGAAAUAUUUCGACCAAGUCUUUUCAGAGUCAUUGGCGACUUGCUUAUAAAUCCAUAUGACGACGUCCGAUCUUCAGCUCUGAUUCUUCUAAAUAUGUUCCCCCGAACACAUAUCCAAACAUGUCCUACAAAUGACGAGGAGGAAUGCUUCUUGGGCGGGAAAUAUUCUCAUUCCCGUCGUCAACUAGUUAAAGCUUUGCAAAGGGCUGAGAAUGUGGCAAGCCGCACAAGCAGAGCUGAUCACGCUGAUGCCGUAGCCCGUUUGUAUCAUAUUUUAUUCGACCUUGCUGAUUUCAACAAAUUCUCAGACACAGUGAAAACGUGGUAUGAACAUAAACAAGGUAUUGUGGAAAUGCUCCUUACUACUUUAGAGAAACAUAUAUAUUCAAACGAUGGUUUGUUCCAACACGCGAUCCGGGAGACUUCUUUACAUGGCUACAUCUCCGCAUUAAGAAGGUAUAUUGUGUCAACUCCGAGAUUCUAUGCAUGCUUUCCCUCAACGACAAGUGUGGUGGUCCCUUUUUGGAGAGAAUGCCACGAUCGACUUGUCUUGCUCUGUGAAAAGAUCUGGCUUGGAGUCCGAACUAUCCUCUGUAUAGACUCUCCUGAAGGGCAGGAUGAGGAUGCAGCAGACGAGCUUAAAGGUCCGAAGGAUUUGUUGUCAUGCUCUUGGCGUGCCUUGCGAGAAUCAAGCAUGCUCCUUCACGCCAUAUUACUCAAUUCAACCUACGCGCCCGAAUCUGAUGGUACUGGGCUCGUCCAAGCCGACUUUAAUAAAAUUGGAACUCUAAGCUUUAGGCAACUUGCGGAGUUGCGGCACAGAGGCGCUUUUUCUGCAGUGUCUCAGACUUUCACAGCUUGCUGCCAAAGAUGUGGCCAGUCGAAGGAUCUGGGAAUAUCUAAUCUGCUAGAUAUGUGGUACAAGGAUGCAUUGAAAAUUAUAGACCAGCAGGCAUCGAAAUUGACUCGCCGAUCCGCUGGACUCCCUGCUCUGAUUACAGGGUUAGCCACAUCACAACCCGAUAGCCCCCUCUUUCGUCAAAUCAUGCGUGACAUACAGGAAAUUGCCAGCUUAGGCACACCCACUAGUGUUAGUGGGUCUGAGUUGAAGUUGCCUCAGGUUCACGCCUUAAAUUGUUUGAAGGAUAUCUUCACCAAUACCAAACUUGGUCCGUCCACAGAAUCAUAUGUGAUGCCAUGUCUAAUGAUAUCUGCUGAGUGUUUGGGUUCUAAAAUAUGGGCAAUUCGCAACUGCGGACUGAUGCUAUUCAAAGCUUUAAUGAAUCGUAUGUGUCGCUUCAAGGCAGGAUACAGUGCAGGUCUAGGUGGAAGUUCCGGGUCGGAACUCGGAAGUAGGAUCGUUUUCCAAAAAUAUCCUGGUCUAGUUGAGCUCCUAGCCCAGCUUCUUCAAGACCCCAUUCCAAACGAAAAGCUGGACAAUUCAAAUGGCCAGUCCUGGGGAAUUUCUAUAACGACAGAGCGAGUGUUUCCUGCCUUGGAGCUAAUUGGAGAGAAGGUGCCCUCUUUCUCAGGGGAGGAAGAAAAGGUUCUAAGAGACCUUGUCUACGAGCAGUUUCGAAGCCCUGUAUGGGGUAUCCGGGAGCACUCAGCCAGAAUAUAUGCGUCUCUACUAAGACAUGAUGAGAUCCUGCCAACUGUUUGUGAGCUUUCAACUGUCCCUCAUUCACCUGUCUCACAAAACUACAUUCACGGAACGGUAUUAUGCAUUAGAUACUCCUUGCAAAGGCUCUGGGUUUCCUCAAGCCGAUAUUGGCUAGAUGACUCCGGGACUGCUCUUCUUAGUGUCAAGGAAGUAUGGCGAAAUCUUAUCGCCCACGCAAGAUCUCCAUUCGUACUGGCUGCAUUAGUUGAGGUCCUUAAUGAUGUCUUGGAAGCUAGUAUCCGCUGUGGACUAGAAGGUCUUGUACUCCAAAUCAGUUCUCUACUCGAGGAACAUGGUGUCUUCGAUAUGCUAGCCAACCUCCUUUCCCAAGCUAAGGCCAAAAAUUUCAUAUCCAAGGGUUCAUUUAUACUCCUUCGAGCGAUUUCUAUUUCUAAAACCACAAUUUCGCUAGCACAGAAUUCGGCAUUGGAAAGUUUAUUGAGAUUUUUAAAUUCUCUAUCGUCAAUUGACGUUGACACAACCUGUUGGCUCCUAACUCACAUGCACCACUGUUUUGGGUCACAUGAACGGACCAAAGUGCAGAGAAUAACGCUCUACACUACUAUGAUCGAGGACUCGCUUCCCCGGAGAGUACAAUCAGUUAUCAUGAGAAAUCUGGCAGACAGUUUGGAGUCACUUCUCGAAACGCAUACCUACCUACCUGACGAGUUUUCCUUCCUUCGACAGUGGGCUAGAUCUACCGAUAUUCCAGACAAUAGCAAUUGCUCCAACAUGUGGAAUCGCGAUAUGGUGAAUGUUUCAUUGCGACUGAAGGGAAGUUUAUUUGCACUCCAAAUGUUGUCAUUCGAUGAUGCCGAAAUUUACUCUGUGGUUGAAAUGAAAUUGAACAAAUGGAAUCAAAGCCUACGUUCUGCGAUUGCAGACGAAACUGAAUUCACAACCCGACACGCAGCAGUUCUUUCUAUGAAAACAUUUGUUUUGGGGCUAAAAAUAAGUUCCCGACAUCGAAAACUUCACCAGUUUUUACUGGACACAUACCUUGUUUUGUAUGGAAUGCUCAAUGACGAUGACGAAGACAUCAGAUAUAUUGCAACUCAGGCGGCAGGUGUCCUCUUUUCACUUGGACCAGAGAGGUCAACCCAAGCAACGGAACUGCUUCCCCUUGCGGCUAGUUUGCGAUUGACUGAGGUGAUUGCCGAAGAUUAUGUUGGCUCCACGGCGCUUUGCGUAGAAGCAUUGGGCCGAUUUCUUGCAUUGCCUAUCAACAUAUCAGCAGCCGAAAACAACGGUAUUACGGUACCGCCACCUGUUUCCAGGCUUCUUGCUAGUUUCCAGAAGGAGAGCACGGUUCUAUUCCAAGAAGAAAAACAGAAUUUGUUUAUCGAAGAUGUGCGAGAAGUUGACGUAUGGUCCAAAGUCCUAUCCCGAUUGAUCCCAAGGCAAGAACACACAGCCGUUGCCCUGCUUCUCUAUUAUUGGGUUGCUGAAGGUCUUUCUACACUGAUAGCGACAACUAGAACAGCCGGUAUUGACUGUGUGCUAGGCUGGAUAUCGAAUCCAGAUGUCUUUACCUUGGGUGUCCGAGUCCUUCGGGGCGCAAAGAUACUGCUGCUUGUCCCUUCAUCUGGAGCCUUGCCAUUGGACAAAACGCUGAUCUACAGAAGACUUGAGGAUUUGCUGGACCAAGGCCGCAAGGUGGGAAUGCAUCACUGUUGGAUAUCACUCCUGAAGACAGCACUUGAUCAUCAGAGACCUUGUUAA